AUGAAAACUACGAAAGCAUCAACGUCGCGUUCUGCAGUGGUGGCCAGCUCAAUUCAUAACUCUUUUUCCCAAAAUGGGACACGUCUUUCUUCCGCCCGAGACCGGCUGGUCACCCCUGGCUUAUUUUGCCUCUUGUGUUUUUUGGUACUCGCUGCAACAACACCGGUAGCGUUGGCAGCAACAGCAGAGACCCUCUGGAUGCCACAAGACAUCGCUGUAGCCCACACGACAGGCACAUCUGCCAUAAAGGACGGCAAGCUUCCCACAGACGACAAAGACGGGGCAGGAUACGUUCCUGUGCAUUGGAUUGAGGGAGCAAGAUUUUCUACAGGGCAUGCGGCAGCAACCGCAAAAAAGAGGCAACAAAGCUUUUUCCGACACCUUUCAACGGCGGUGCUUGUCUCUCUUGCCUGCCUUGCAGUUGCAUUUGCAACUAUUCAUUGUGCACGGAAACUGCUACUUGUGGGGACCUCGCAAUACACAACAAGGUCAUUGGCUAACGCCGAAGGCGACGGAGAUAGCUUCUGCGGCUCAGACAGUGGAGAUUCGGAUGAAUAUUCGGAAGAGACCUCAGAGUAUGGAGAAGCUGCGGAGCCAGGCGAGGACGGAGCGAGCAUCCUGGAAGAGGGCACAGCCGACGAGCGGGCAUCGUGCAUGAUACAGGAGCUGCUACGCUUGAUUAGCUUGGGCUCCUCAACGAUCCCUUCGGUGCAUCCUCAGGAUAGAGUAGCAUUUGUGCAAUUGUUAUUAACCAUUGCUAUUCAGGAGUUGGCCUUUUUGGGGACCCAUACUUCAAACUUUCUGGAGUCGCAACGUCUAGGUGCGAUUGAGGUGAUAGUCCAUUUCGGGAACUCAGCCAUAGCCGAGUUGGCCACUCACGAAACAGGCCCUGUCAGGAUAGAGAGAACUUCUAAACUUGUACAAGUGCUAGAGGGCCUCAGGGUGCCAUGCGUUUCUCUCCUAGAGAUGGUGGAAGAGCACCGAGUACGAAGGCUAGCGGAUGAGGUCUUGCUGGCGCGCAUGAUGGUGCUCACGUGCACCCGAGCCAUGCUCUCUGUGCUCCCUUGGGUGGGGAUGACUACAGGGGCCCCCAGGUAUCUCACAAAUGAGCUUCUCACAAUCCUUUCCUACGCUAGACACAACCGCAAGCGAAAGCUUCGCCGAGACAAAAGAACUGCUUACUGGAUCAAGAUACUUCAAAGGAAGCUCUCUUUCAUUGGUAUUUUUAAGCCGUUAGGGCCUCUUGAAGAAAAUCCCAAACGUCGCACUAUGCUUCGCGAAAUGAUCAGCGGAUUCCUUCGACUUAGAUAUUAUGGCAGAAACCUUAGGUUGCGUCUCUGCAGAGUCUCGGACGAACUUCAAAGUUCCAUGAGAGGCAACUUUAUACACAUUUGUAGUGGAGGGGCGGCGGUGGUUCAUGAACGGAAUCAACCCGGUGGUCAACUGGGUCUUUCCAGCAGCGAGGCUACUCUUCUUUCAGCUGCGCUCCAAGGGGGACUCGACGAGGAGCCAGAUUUGUUGUUGUUUUUCGACCCUGAGGGUGCGCCCCGCAAUGAUGCUGCUUCUUCGCAUCCUUCUGAAAAUGAAGAACCGUCUACAAGCUCCGCUGCAACUGGUCGGGCUCCGCCAACUUUUGAAGGGCAGACCACAGCAUUCUUUCCAAGACCAACAUUUACAACUCUAGAUGGUGCACACGUGCGUUCAUAUGCGCUGCUAGCUUAUAGAAUUGCAAGCUUCAUUCCUAUUUGGAUCGGGACAACUGCAUCCGCUUUAGCGUGCCCCAUAUCACCUAGGCAACUGCAAUUCUCAGAAGAGCCGGAACAAGCAGAGUCUUCCGAUGACUUAGAAGGAGCAGUCGGAGGAGAGGCCACGCCAGACUCCGCUCAGGAUCAUCCUAGUCAGAGGGAACAUCUACUAGGUGCACCCAUCCAAUACCGUUCAGACACACAGUGGUCUGAGGAGCCCCCGGUGGAGUCUGAGGAGCAGUGGCAAGCGCCAGAAAGUGCUCCUUAUUUGCCCAUUGGCAUGGCAGUACCUUCUGCGGAGCAUUCACUUAGUGCCCAGGUCAUUUAUAUGCCUUGGAUACCACCAGUGAGCUCCAAUCCACCUACACACUUUCUAGGAAUGCAUGCGUGGCAUGCACUGACGGAUCCGCAAUUUGCGCCACAAUCUGAAGAACCGUCAGCAGUGGAGGAGGAAGCUUCUUCACCACUACACAGCCCCGCAAGUUCUCCUCCACAGCACUCACAGGCGUUCGAAGAAGGGCUACAAUCGGCUGAAGCGGAGGAUUCAGUGGAUGAUGAACCGCCAGUGCAUGCAGAGUCCUUCCAGGACUUUCAGCUGGCCGAAGGAUAUCCAGGAAUGCCAGUUCAAGGAUAUAUUCUAUUUCCACGACCAAGCGCAGGAGAGCAUGGUUAUCAUUUUCCAAUGCCCAUUUUCCCGAUUCCGGGGUCGGUAGGACCUGUACCAGUGCCUCAAGUAUUUUUUACGCCAGCUGAACAGCACCCACAGAUGUCUGAACACACCCGGACAUCGUUCGAAGAUACUUCACAAGGGACUGGAGGAUGGUAUUCAUAUCAGUAUCAGAAAACAGAACUGUUGGACGAGGGAGCCUCCAACGUUGUGUAUCUUGACGAGUCUUCACAAGAGACCCACGAACUUCUGGAUCAGCCACCAACCCCUCCAGAGCCACCACUACAACCUCAGCCACUCCUACAACCUCAAGUGCUAACUGCUCCAGAGCCACCACUACAACCUCAGCCACUCCUACAAUCUCAAGUGCUAACUGCUCUAGAGCCACCACUACAACCUCAGCCACUCCUACAAUCUCAAGUGCUAACUGCUCCAGAGCCACCACUACAACCUCAGCCACUCCUACAAUCUCAAGUGCUAACCCCUCCAGAGCCAUCACUACACCCUCAGCCACUCCUACAAUCUCAAGUGCUGACUGCUCCAGAGCCACCACUACAACCUCAGCCACUCCUACAAUCUCACGUGCUAACUGCUCCAGAGCCACCACUACAACCUCAGCCACUCCUACAACCUCAAGUGCUAACCUCUCCAGAGCCAUCACUACACCCUCAGCCACUCCUACAAUCUCAAGUGCUUUCAGGCCAGCUUUACGACAGCUCCAUAGAACCUGGCGCUUCGUCAAAUGGCGCACCUGUUACUCCUAUGCCUGAUGUAGAAAGGAAUACCGAAGGGCAAAGUUAUCCCAGACCUCUACCUAGAAGUAUUUCCAAUCCUUUCAUGUGGUCGCCUGGUGGAGAGAGCGCACUCAAUGUUGGGUUAUCUCUAUAUCCUGUUCCACCUCCGCGCGCUGAAGGGAUCACUGGUACGUUUAGGGGCUUUGAGGAGGGGAUGCCUCCGCCAGGACCGCCCGAGGCGCCUGAGGACGACGGAACUGCCUUCGUGGGGUUCGACGUGGGGAUGCCACACCCAAAAAGGGCCCGCAGACAGCGCUGGUAG